UGUGAUGGAGUCUCAUGCUCUUUGCAAAAGCUACCAUGUCACAGCCUAUCCAGAAGUGAAGGGAUUCAGUUUCUGUGAGCUGGGAUGGGAUGGUCAAGGCCCUGAACCUUACGACUGCCACUCUUUGCUCUGUGUUUAGAGACUUUGCACUUCUGGGAAAUGCGGCCACCUGCCUGUGCAGCUACCGUGGAUUGGGUGGCUCCUUGCAGAAGCUGGACUUCCCUAGGCUGAUAAAGAACAGACUCCUUAUUUCAGAUUCUGCCUGUGUGCAGCUAGCUAUGCUGUUGAAAAUGCAUUUCAGAGCUUGCUGAAUUUGUCCAUUUUUGUUGCUUUCUUUGCUAUUUCAAUACUGAGCUGCUUUGAAACGGGCUUUAAUGGUAGGUAAUUCCAAAGGUGGGGGGUGUAUGUAGCAACAGAUGAGUGGAAGCUCACUGCCAAGGUGCUGUGAUGAGCGAUUCGAGGUCAGAAGAGGCUCGGGACUGGAAAUACGAUAAGUCUUGAGGCAUCGUGAGUCUGAAUGGUAAGACGUCGGGACUGAACUGUGCAGGGUUGCAGCAGGUCACGACUGUGGCGUAUCAGGCGGCAGAGUGGAGGCCCACGAAUAGAACAGCAGUGUGCUGCGCACCAUGGGAACGGCAAUUCGCAGUGUGUGGUAUUUAGGGCUUGAAGUUACCCGUUCCCACUGCCAGGUGUAGCAAGUGAGUGCAGUUUUGUGGCUCUGAAGUGCAGAAAUGCUGGAAAACCUCCUCCCCCCUGAUGGUCAGUGAUCAUCUAUUAACCUUUAAUUUGAAUUGUGCGAUUUGAAUCAGUUAACAUGGUUUAGAAAACGGUGAGCACAUCUACAAAUGGCCUUAGAGACCUGCUGUUGCUCCUGAAUCCAGACUUGUAGUGUGCUGCAGUGCUGCCCAGCUAGGCCAGCUGCUUCCACCCCAGCCCUCUCGGCUGCGGGAAGCAGGAGGUGCUCAGCACGUCGGAGACCGGCCUCCUGCAGCAACACUGAAAACAAACAGAACGUGGCCACGGCAAACCAGCACUGGACUGGAGUAACACCAGUGGGGAGUGAAGUCGGGCACAGUGGUGGGUGCAUGCGGGGGGUGCUGAUUUAUCCAGGAGGCUGGCAGGUGCCCCCCUCUGAGGGAACUGGUCGCUGCGAAACGGGAGCAGCUGUCAGCGCCCAGAGGGAGGGUACCGGGUUUGAAGAUAAGUGCAAUGGCUGCAUCAGUCAGAUCGCAGCUUGGGCACUAGUACCACAAGCUGUUUGUGCAGCCUCCUGGCCCCAGCAGGCAAGGCACUUGCUUGCUGCUAGUCUGUCCCAGGUGCCAAGCAUUGAGAUAAUGAGGCUUGUGAAGGGAAGGCUCUGGGACCUGAGGUCUGUGUAAACCGGGGAGCCGUCCCGCCUCAGGUCUUCACAGCUGGGUCGGCAUGCUUGGAAAGGCCCAGCUGGGUCGGCAUGCUUGGAAAGGUGGGCCUUUGUUAAGCGCAACAGCAUUUGCUUUCCCACCUUGUAUUUAAAAAAAACCCCCCACCAAACAACCCAGUGUCCUGUUGUUUUUGGGAGUUGCCUCACUGCAGCUUCUGGACAGUCCCAGGGGUGAGCCCUGCAUGCGUGUGACCUCGCUGCCUGCUCACGCCGGGACCGGAGUUCCUGGCUCUGCUUGAACGUGGGGUUCAGGAGCUGCUCCCCACCCCUGGAGCUGGGGGUUAGCAGAGUUUCAUAGAGUUGGAACCAAGCGGCUGCCUCGGGGAAAGCGGGAAUCUGCAAAUGCGAGGGGCUGGAUCUUGGCAACACGCUGGGCUUUGCACAGCAGAACAUGCCAGCCACGAGCCAGUCACCCGGACCAAGGGGAGGUAUCGCCAAUGGUUGUACCUGGUGGGGAAGGAUAUGAAGAGGCUAUCUUGUUUCACAGCUGCUUAAUUUGUUUUGGGAGACGGUCGGAUGGAUUUAUUCUUGGGGGAGGGGCAUGUCUUCUCUGCUUUCUCUCCAGCAACGGGCGAGCCUCAUGCCAUUCAGAAGCUCAGUGUGGACAAGCCCCUGGACAUCGAGCUUUGGAGGAGCUGAAAAAGGCCACCAGUGCUUUCAGUCAAGGCUCCUCGUUACUGCCUCCCCACCCAUCACUCAGCACCUCCUUACAAACCAGAUCACAUCUACAUUUCGCAAGAAAGACUUUGCUUCUGUGUGGUGCCAGAGCCUGCAAGGAGAGAGAAUCACAGCCUGAUUGUACAUGGUGGGUGUUUGUCAUCAAAAAAGGCUACCAGGACGUGGACACCUCCAUCCAGAGCUCUGUCAUCACCAAGCUCAAAGGGGUGGCCUUCACCAACACCUCGGACCUGGGGGAGAGGCUGUGGGACGCGUCCGAUUAUGUCAUCCCCCCACAGGGGGAAAGCAUCUUCUUCGUGAUGACGAACCUGAUUGUGACCCUAAACCAGACGCAGAACAUGUGCCCCGAGAGCCCUGCCAUUCCCGACGCGCUGUGCAGCAAGAACAAGGACUGCCCUCGGGGGGAACCCGUGAAAGCUGGCAACGGGGUGAAGACAGGCCGCUGCAUGAAAACGGGGAGCAACGUCAACGGGACAUGUGAGAUACUAGCGUGGUGUCCAGUGGAGAGAAAAUCCAGCGCCAAGAAGGUGCUUUUAGCGAAUGCGGAAAACUUCACCGUGUACAUCAAGAACUCAAUCCGCUUCCCAAAGUUCAAAUUCUCCAAGACGAAUGUGCUGAAAACUAACGACGACUUGUACCUGAAAUCCUGCCACUACAGCCCCAAGAACCUGUACUGCCCCAUCUUCCGCCUGGGCAACCUCGUGAGCUGGGCCGGGAGCAACUUUCAGGAGAUGGCACUUGAGGGUGGUGCCAUCGGGAUUAUGAUUGAAUGGGACUGCAACCUUGAUAAAGGGCCGUCUGAAUGCAACCCUCACUACUCUUUUACCCGGCUGGAUAACGAGUCUGGAGAAAAAUCCAUCUCCUCUGGGUACAAUUUCAGGUUUGCGAAAUACUACAAGAACACUGACGGGGUCGAGUUCCGGACGUUGAUCAAAGCCUACGGCAUCCGCUUUGACGUGAUGGUGAACGGCAAGGCGGGAAAAUUUAACAUCAUUCCAACGAUAAUCAACGUGGGUUCAGGGCUCGCGCUUAUGGGCGCAGGAGCUUUCUUCUGCGACCUGGUGCUGCUGUACCUCAUCAAAAAGAGCCACUUUUAUCGAGGCAAAAAGUACGAGGAAGUGAAGUCCUGUUCAAGGAAUACGGUUCCGGGUGCUACCGCGAGUGGAAAUCAGAACGCCGAAUCCCUGGCUGGGCUGAGGCAACUACAGGCAGUGGAGACUUAACUGCCAGCCUGGUGGUUAGAAAACACAUUCCAUACAGAUUGUGGGGUUCAAGGCAAUGCUCAGACUGUGAGCUGGACACAGCCUGCGUCAGGUCUUUGUAUCAUCUGGCUGCCCAGAGAAGAGGUCAGUGAUGGCUGUUCGCUACCAGACAGCAGUCUGCUUGCAUCUCCUACCCCGAACCAUUCUGCUCUCUCUUGAGCCAGUGACGGCAGUCAUUGCUACAGGACUUUUAUUUUACAAAGCAACACGAAGAAGCCAAACCACGGUUUUAUACAUGCCGACAUCAAAACCAGCAUUGUGACGUGGCAGCGCUCAGCUUCUGCUGCAAGAUCAGCACCAUGAAACACGCUUAGCAUUCCCAGGAGAGGUGGGGCUGGAGAAACUGGUGCUUCCCACUCCGUUCCGCUGCCUUAGCUUCCAGAUCCUGCUAGAGGUGGAAAUCGAUCGGCCUGCUUGCCCCGGGACGAGGGAGCGCUGGUCUUUCAUGCAACCAAGGAACAGGGCCGGGGUGGGGGCUCCUUCCCUUUCAGAGCCCCUGCUGCCGAGACACACUGCCCGCACGGGGCGAUAAACUCAUCGCCUUUGAAUAUAAACUGAUAGGCAGAAGUGGUGCUCUCGGGGAAAGCCCUCCCUCGAGGCAGACUGUUUCCUCCCCUCUCCAGUGAAAUGUGUUAUCAACCCUCCAUGAUACGAUAGCCUGGGCGUUGCCUUCAAGAGCACACGAGUGUUUGCAGUAACCAUGCGCAGUGUUGAUACCCGUGAGAUUUUCCACUGGUAACUGGGCCGAGUGGUUUCCCCCUUGUGGGUGUGAGAAAACCCAGGGUGUCUGCCAGGCUGGCACGGCCAGUCACCACAUUCGGGAAUGUUUUGAAUCAAGCCUGUUGCUUUCCAAGGAAGUAGGGAAAUGCCUUGGAGACGCAUGCAGUGUAGUUAACCCUUGGCUGUUUUUCUUGGGGGGAAAACAGCUGCUAGGAGUUGAAGUGGGAGAGGAAGGGAAAUCUAUCAUACCAUGGCAAUGGUCACGGUCAGCACGCUCAGGAAACUCAGUACCAGGCCCCCUCCUGCCUCCGCUUGCUUCAGCAGUGCUGCUCCAUUUCCCUAUCAUCUUGGCCUGUAGGUUUGUGAACAGUUAAGCAGCGUGCAGCACCUACCGAUUCCAGGCCCAGAGAAGGGCUUGCUGCUGCUGCCAAACAUGCCCCGUGCCGCUGGACCGGCAACGGGUGCAUCUGCUCUCCCUUCUGAUCCGCAGAUAAAGUUAAUGACUGGGCCUAAACCAGAAGCCACCGUUUAAUUUAGAAGCUGUGUGCACUCAUGCUGCUGCUGGUGCACACAAAGCCUCGUUCAUCUUUACAAGUCUCUUCUCUAGGCAAAGGAUGCUGUGUCCAUAAAGCCAUCCUAACAGGCCUGACUUAGUGUAGUCUCUUAGAAAUAUUUUUCUGUCACUGUAGUAUGACUCUUACCUAGCUAGUAGUCUGCUGGAUGAGUAGUAUUUCCAUUUAAUUCUGCUUAUGUAGUUUUAGAAGCUGAAACAAGUGGCAUAAAGGAGUGCUAUCGAACAUUGAACCAAAGUGCAGUUCAGGAAGACCAAACGGCUCGUCACAAAAAUUAGGCCGGGCUCGUUCUGUACUGAAACGAAUGUUUCAACAUGCCAGAACAGUACAACCCGCUUCCGGAGUCGAAGUCUCUCAAUCUCCUCACAAUACUCACUGCAUUGUACUAACCCACGCCCUUUCUUUUCCCUUUUGCAAACUCUAGACACUGUUUAACCGCACGAUUCUCAGGAGUUUUUUCUUUUUACCGUGUUUAAUAUCUUUGUUGAUGUUUAUAUGCAGAAACGGGGUUUUUGUCUAUUUUCAGACAACGCUCUUGGCCUCUUCUGUAACUUGUGUUAUUGCAGGUAAUACCGAUUGACCAUGUAUGAUGCUAGUUCUUCCCUUCAGUAAUGCAUUGCCUUGGCAUUUGUUUUUCAAA